CCCAUCCCUGCCCGCCUCCCGCAGCCAGUCGGGGCGGAGAGGCGGCACUCGAGGGCUCCUCCGCCGGCAGCCGGGCGGGCAGAGGGACACAUGGCAUGUCUGAUGGCGGCUUUCUCCCUGGGCAGCGCUUUGAACGGCAGCAGUUCCGGGUGCACCAUGGCCGAGCCGAAGUCGGUGUGUGUUUCGGUGGACGAAGUGGUCUCCAACGGCACAGACACCCAAGACAUUCGGCUCAUGAAUGGACACUUAAAAAAGGUGGACAAUGCUCUGACAGAGGCUCACCGUUUCUCCUACCUACCCCGCAGACCAGCCGUGAACAUUGAGUUUAAAGAACUGUCCUACUCCAUCCAGGAAGGGCCGUGGUGGAGGAAGAAAGGUUAUAAGACCCUUUUGAAAGGAAUUUCAGGGAAGUUCAGCAGUGGAGAACUUGUUGCAAUUAUGGGUCCUUCAGGAGCUGGGAAGUCAACGCUUAUGAACAUUCUGGCAGGAUACAGAGAGACGGGAAUGAAAGGAGAAAUCCUCAUCAAUGGGCAGCCCCGGGACCUGCGCUCUUUCCGCAAAGUCUCCUGCUACAUCAUGCAGGAUGACAUGCUCCUUCCUCACCUGACCGUCCAGGAAGCUAUGAUGGUAUCUGCUCAUCUGAAACUUCAAGAGAAAGAUGAAGGGAGGAGAGAAAUGGUAAAAGAAAUACUGACAGCCCUCGGUUUGCUGACCUGUGCCAACACGAGGACUGGGAGCCUUUCUGGAGGCCAGAGAAAGCGUCUUGCCAUUGCUUUGGAGCUGGUGAACAACCCCCCUGUCAUGUUUUUUGAUGAACCAACCAGUGGCUUGGACAGUGCAUCAUGUUUUCAGGUUGUCUCUCUGAUGAAGGCUUUAGCCCAAGGUGGCAGGUCCAUCAUCUGCACCAUUCACCAGCCCAGUGCAAAACUGUUUGAGCUGUUUGAUCAGCUCUAUGUUUUAAGUCAAGGUCAAUGCAUUUACCGUGGGAAGGUAACAAACCUAGUCCCUUACUUGAGAGAUUUGGGUUUGAAUUGCCCAACCUACCACAAUCCUGCAGAUUUUGUUAUGGAAGUGGCAUCUGGCGAGUACGGGGACCAGAACAGCCGGCUGGUCAGGGCCGUGCGGGAGAGGAUUUGUGACACCGACUACAAGAGGGAUGUGGGUGGUGAGAACGAGCUGAACCCCUUCCUCUGGCACCGGCCUUCUGAGGAGGAUUCCUCCUCCACAGAAGGCUGCCACAGCUUCUCUGCCAGCUGCCUAACCCAGUUCUGCAUCCUCUUCAAAAGAACUUUUCUCACCAUCAUGAGGGAUUCGGUCCUGACACACCUGCGUAUCACCUCACACAUUGGCAUCGGGCUGCUCAUCGGGUUGCUCUACCUGGGCAUCGGCAACGAAGCUAAAAAAGUCCUCAGCAACUCCGGCUUCCUCUUUUUUUCCAUGUUGUUUCUCAUGUUUGCUGCGCUCAUGCCAACUGUCCUCACCUUUCCCCUUGAGAUGGGAGUGUUUCUCAGAGAGCAUCUCAACUACUGGUACAGCCUGAAAGCCUAUUACCUCGCCAAAACCAUGGCUGAUGUUCCUUUUCAGAUCAUGUUUCCUGUGGCUUACUGCAGCAUUGUGUACUGGAUGACUUCACAGCCAUCUGAUGCUCUCAGAUUUGUCCUCUUUGCAGCCUUGGGAACCAUGACAUCCCUGGUGGCUCAGUCCCUGGGCCUUCUCAUAGGUGCAGCCUCUACAUCCCUCCAGGUGGCAACGUUUGUGGGCCCAGUUACUGCCAUCCCAGUUCUUCUCUUCUCUGGGUUUUUUGUCAGCUUUGAUACCAUCCCAACAUACCUCCAGUGGAUGUCCUACAUUUCCUAUGUCAGGUACGGGUUCGAAGGAGUUAUUCUCUCCAUCUAUGGACUGGAUCGGGAAGAUCUGCAUUGUGACAAAGACGACACUUGCCAUUUUCAAAAAUCAGAGGCCAUCCUGAGAGAACUGGAUGUAGAAAAUGCCAAACUUUACCUGGACUUCAUUGUUCUCGGAAUUUUCUUCUUCUCUCUGCGCCUGAUUGCCUAUUUCGUUCUCAGAUACAAAAUCCGAGCGGAGAGGUAAAGGAGAAGCAGCUAAACCAAUGCAGUAGGGAGAUCUUUAGACAUGCAAUAGAGGGCACUUGACAUUGUCUCACUGUGGCAGGCUGGUCCCCAGUGCCCAGCCAGACGCUGUUCUGACCGAGCCCAUGGAGAGCCACAAUGGGAUAGUGGACAUACAGUGUUAAGCCAAUCAGUCCAGUUGGGUUGGGUCAUGUUUUCAUUACACUUUCUAGCUUUAACUAGGAAGAAGAACUAGAAGGGAAUUUUACACCACAGAGUAUCAAAACCGAGGCAGUGUAACUGUAAUAAAAAACCUGCCUGCAGGAGCUUUCCUUAGGAAAACCAAUUUCGGGAUAAGGUUGCUGGGAUAUAAGUCCUGGUAGCCAGAAUAGUAUAAUGUCCUCUCUAGUUGACAAGGUAAUGAGAUGCAAAAUGAGGAAUGCAAUGAAAAUAGGGUUCUCUCAUCUUUUUAAAUCUAGAGUUUCAUCUUUGCGGUUUUUCUAUAUAUUAUUUUGCAAUUCUUUUCCACAGAAUUACCCCUUCUGGCCAAAAGUCUGUAAAUGUAUUAAUAAGGUAAAGACAUCUUUUUAAUAUGGAUACUUUUUUAAAGCAAACCUAAAGUGAUUCAAGUAAUUAUUUUUGUUUCUGUCUGAAUUUAGAAUUCUGGUGCUUUACUUGUCGAGCUGGUCUCCUAUCUGAAAACUGUAAUGAUAGGAGGAAAAGGCAGAUUCCGAGUCUGCACUAAACCUCUGGUCCUAUUUGGAAGCAUCCCUGAAUAGCACACGCAGUUAGACAUGUUCAAGCUGUCACUGAACGGUUGAAAAAACCAUUAUUUUGCAGUGUCUUUUAAAUCCUUGGUAUUUGUGAUAGUCAAAAUACUAACUCUGCUCAUUACCUGUUUGAUCUACCUCCUGUGAAUAUAAAAAUCAAAGCACUCCAAGGCUCAUUUUUUUCUUAAAUUGUGAAAGCAGAAUUUGUCCCUAAAGUGAUUGUUAAAGCCUGAUGGAGUGCAAGAGUUGUCCAGAGAUCAAAGCCUGGGGUACUGUGUUAAAACACUUGUGACUGCCUCAUACAGCAGGAGUCAUUUUGUCUGCACUGUGUAGAACCCUCCUCAAACAUACAGAUGACCUUGUAAUCCUGCAGAUCUAAUUAUGCCAGGUAGUUCUGUUCUCAUCCUAAAGUCCACGUGCACAACGUGGGAAUUAAUAGCUACUUCAUCUAAACAUCAAUGAAACUGUUGUUUUGUGUAUCUCAGCUGUGUAAAUUUGGUAGGGGGAAUUCUAGUUCCAAGCUGAUGUGAAUUUUGUCACCAAUUUUGAUGGGUUUGGAUUUUCAAAUCUUAAGUGGAACCGUGGGGCCCAUACUUGUGUUGGACACCUUGGUGAACUUCAGUGCAAAUUCCACUGCCUUCUGCCAUUCCUGUGAAUUUAUCUUGGUGUCCCAAACCUCUGAGUGAGACCUACACUCUCUGUAAAUGUAUUAUUCCUGUCAGGAUGCUGAAGUCUUGUAGGUUGGAAGCAGCUCAAUGUCAGCAAAACAUGCAGGAGCUCAACAGCUCGUGGCAGUAGAGUAGAUAAGAGAGACCUCGUGCAUCUGCUGGCCCUCUCUGUUUUCAGAGACUCCAUGGCUACGUCUGUACUAGUGAAAUAAAUAGUGCCAGGGCCAGCUCUGUUAGUCCUCAAAUGACUGGGGCUGACAGGAAUGGUCCCUGUACUGACUUCUAAACAGAGCCAUUGUCUGGAAAAGCUCUGGCUGUGCUGGGCUGCAGCUCUGCCAUUGUUUCCCAGUUUUUCUGGCCUAUGCCCAGGCUCUGUUUAAUUUACCAAUACAGACCAGGUAUAUCUGUUAAACUCAGGACGUUUGAAUUAAACCUGUGUUCUGGAAGACUUUAAAUCGAGUCACAUAUUUUGGGAAGGUUAGCUGAACCUUCCCUGAAAGUAAGAUUGGCCUUUGAAAGCAAGGUCAAUCCAGUGUAGAGGAAAACCAAAAUCCUUUCACAGCCUCUUUGCAUAAUUUUUGUUGCUGUUUUUUCUCCAAAAUCUUUUGUACAGCUCUGCAGCUUUUCCAGGCGUAAUCACAAGCAGGUAUAGACCUGUAUGGCUGUCAGAUUUGAGAAAUUAAGAAUUUUAGGUAUUCUAAAUAAUACUCAUAACUGUGAACAGUUUGUAAAUAAUUCACAAGUCUGAAAUCCCUCGGCACGACGUGCCUUGAUUAUUUCAAGACCCUCAAAGUAUUUGUGAAUAUUUUACAGGCAGUUCAAACGCUGUUUGCAGGCAGACAAAAGAAUACAUUUGCCAAAUGACUCUUUGGUUGCACACUUUUGGUCCAGCUGCAGGCUGGCUGAGUGUGAGAGAGUGUGACAUCCAGGGCAUUGAACACCUUCAGGGCUCAUGUGUUGUGUUUACCAGCACCAUUUACCAAAUACCACACUGAAAAUCCCUUGCAGUGUUCCAAAGGAGGUCACUUUGCUGACCAUCCCAACACCGGUGACUUACACGAUGCUGUUUUCUCCCCUCCAGACCAGUUUAGCAGUACGAGUUCCCUGGAUGCUGUCUUGUUAUCUGUGCCUGUUCCUCUGUCUGUAGACCUUCUUAUCUUACCUCUUCAGUCUGCAACGUGUCCUCCUGUACUGUAACUUUGUAUGUGUUAUGGUAGCCAAAAGUCUGGUCCUGGCGGGUGUUCCUAAUAAGGAAAUGCAGGCUCUGGAAUAUUUUUUGUCACUCCUUUUUUUGUUAGAUACGCUUUUUCCCAGCCAUCUGCUGACAGCACUUAGCUGGAAGUUACUAUUCUAAGGAACACUUUCAGACUGUAGUAUCCCAGUAAAGAAAUAAUUCUCUGGGAACUCAGUGGUACUCAUAGAUGAGGUAAUUGUUCUUUCCCUCCUUAGCCUGCAAAUUACCUAAUGAUCUCUCUUUUGUUGCUACUGCGGGGCAGAAGUAUUUAAAAUCCAUCCCAAUUAUGUUUUCAUAUACUGCAAAGAUUUUUAACAUAGUCUCAGGCUGGCUUUUUUCUCUUCAUGUGGAAAUAAAUUCUAGCAGGCUGGUAUAAAAUGCAUUCCUGUUCAUUCAAAGCUGAGCAUUCAUGUGCUGUUGUGUUAAGCAGCACAUUGUGAAGCUCUGGAGGCUUCACGUGGAAGAAUAAUAAGGCCAGCAAGGUUCUGAAGUCUUCAAAUCCUCAGUUUGUAUAGCCAUGUAUAAAGAGCCAUAAACAGUUUGAAAUCAAUGCCAUUUUUGCCAUUUGAAUCAGUCACAGUCUGACUAAAAGUUGCAUAAGAGGCUAAAGGUUUCUAAAGGUCACUUGAAGACUGAAUGUAUGAUUUCUGUUUUGAUUGCAGGAAGACUCUAGUGUCCUGUUGGCCUCCUUAUUAUAUUUUUACUUGUUUUGACAUGUUGCUUUGGUUACUAUGUGCAUCAGUUAAGACUUUAGGUGCUUCAUAUUCUUUUUGUUGUUUUUUCUUUAUGGAAAACUUGCGUAUAAUAUGAAACACCCUGGAAGAUUUUAAAAAUUACCUGAAACAUUAUUAUUUACAAUUAAAUAAAAGAUUUGGAAAGCAGAUUCUACCCAUAAGAAAUUGAGAAAAUUUCAUCUUUAUAGGUCAAAGGGAGUAACAGAAGACUGGUGCUGAAAUGCUCUUCAGUUCUUAGAAUUUGGAGCCCAAGUUAUUGAUUUUUGUUAAAAGAGAGGAAUAUGUAGACAUGUAAUAGAAGAGCUGGUUAUGUAAGUGGGAGAUAAUGAACACUUGAGUCCAAGUACUGGAUGUAUCAGGUGAUUGACAGUUCCAUUUAUGCUUUUGUGUCAAAGCCUGUGUUGUCAACAGAAAUGAGUGUUUUACGAAACAUUUUUUCUGGACAGAAGUGUGGCGUAUACUGACCUGUGCCACCCCAGUGAUCCUCACAGAGGAGAUCUUACCUGUCCUAUUUACACAACGCUAGAUGGAUGUUCUUGAUUCUGAGGAUCUAAGAAUCAGGGGGAAGGGCAACAAAGCAGAUACCCUGCUGGGAGUCUGUUACAGACCACCCAAGCAGGGUGAAGAGGCAGGUGAAAUACUCUAUAAGAAGUCUGGUGAUCUGAGCAGAGAAGGACUGGUGGGUGACGUGAUGGCUGGAGGUUGUCUUGGGCACAUCAUGAAAUGGCAGAGUUUUUGGUUCUUGGGGAAAUAAGGAGGGGGAUCAGCAGAACUGCUGCCUUGGACUUCUGAGGGCAGCCUUUGGCCUGUUUGGGAACCUGGUUGGCAGAGUCCCUUGGGAGGCCAUCCUGAAGGGCAGAGAUGUCCAGGGAGGCUGGAGGUUCUUAAGAAGGAAAUCCAAAAGACAAGCCAGCGGAGAAGAAGACCAGCCUGGUUGAGCAGAGAGCUUUGGCUGGAACUCAAGGAACAAAAUAAGAGUGUAUCACCUUUGGAAGAAGGGUCAGGCAACUCAGGAGGACUGCAAGGAUGCUGUGAGGUUACACAGGGAGAAGUUAAAAGGGCCAAACCCCAAAUAGAACUCAAUCUGGCUCCUGCUGUAAAAGUCAGUGAAAAAUGUUUCUGUAGAUACAGCACUAAGGAGAAUCUCCAUCCUUUACUGGAUGCCAUUUUCUUCCCAGAACAGCCCGACAGGGUGCAAUUGCUCAGGAAUUUCUUUCCUUUAGUUCUGUGUGGAGAUGCAUUUAUAAAGUCUGAUCACGUGAAAAGCUGUUGGGAACUAGAAGUGGGCAGCAAAUGACACCGUGUCAUGUCCUCUGUAACAGUUUGUGACAGGCUGAUCAUCGUGGUGCCUGUGACACUGCCACACAGCACUAGUGAGUGCGUAAAUUAAGUGCUGAGUGUCACUGAAGUUAGUCAUCAGCUCUGCUAUUAGUGGACAGGGGCAGUAGAAUUUUCAGGGAUCAUCUCUCGCUGUUCUCCUCUUAAAUACCCAUUUUCAUAAUACAAGAGGUUGUUGUAGUGUAUCCCACUGAGUGACUUUUGUAGCCCCACGUAUCAUUCUUCAUACUACAAGUCCAAAAGUUGCACAUUGGGCGUGCAAGCACAGCAAGUUUCAUUUUAAUUCUGUUUAAUACUUUGUUUCUGUACAUUCUUCAAGUAGCGUUUCUGAAGGAGUAAUAGCACAAAAUGUACCUUCAGUGUUAUUGUUACUUUGGAGUCUUAGGAUAAACCAUGAUCUUAUGCAGCUGUCAACUGUAGAACUUCCCUUUAAGAGGUUUAGAUUUCUGUUGAGACCUGUUGCCAGCACAGUAAAACAGAGGGUGACCAGUCAAAAUGUGUCUCCUUUGGCACAAGACAUGCCCAUGGCUCAGCCUGCGUUCUUCUCUGCGUUGUUUAUGCCUUCAAAAUCCAAACAAGUUUUUGUCAACCCAUUUCCUUUCUGGGGGCUUCCAUGCAGCUCAGCCCAUGCCUACCAACUGCUUGUGUCCUUACUGCUGGGUAUUUGUGGUUGCUGUCCACGUGAGGGUGGGAAAAUGAGCUGCUUGGGAACCAUGUGGGAUAGUUAGAGGUGGAGGGAUGACUCUUAGACUUCUUUGAGCUACCAAAUACCCAAUGUGCUGGAUCUCUGGGUGUGCUUUACUCUUUCAAGAAGGAGAAAAAAAAACUUUAAAAUGUCUUUCUAAGCAGAUUGUAAGGCAACAAGGAAGUUUUUACUUCUAAUGGUCAUGCGGUUUUCUACUUCAGUGGCAUCUGUGAUGUCUUUUUUCCUGACCCCAUUGUAGCUUAUUUUAGUAGCCCAUUGAGGGUAAUCAUGACACAAACUCCUUUCUAUUGCUUCCAGCAACCAGCUUUCCUGACCUCAGUGAUAAUUGUACCAAUCUUUAAAAAUGUGAAUUAGUUGUUGAACAAUUUUUUAAAAAUAUGUAAAAAAUGCUCCUAAAUUACAGUAAAAGUAAAUUAAAUCUAAGAAGAUUACACUGAUAUAUCUAAAAAGAAGACAACAAAUCCUGCAGUGGAGCCAAGCCUUUACCUGUGUCAGUAAAGAUUUGUCAAACACCUUAUCUGAGUCAGUUGACCUUAUUGUGAGAUACUGCCCUUGAAUCUGUUACUGAAUUAUUUAACAUUUGGUUCUUUUGUUUUCAAAGCAAGAGUCAAUGCAAGGUAUGAUUUUAAAUCGGCGUGCUAAAGUGUGCAUAUUCUGUAUAUCUAAUAUGUCAUUGUUGUCUCUUGUUUCUGUAAUGCAUUUGCAUUACUAUGAAUCAAUUUUAUUAUGCUUCUCUAGAGACUAUCGCUGCCUGCACGCUGUGAUAUAUUUGCACUGUUGUAGAUAUAUAUAUAUACAUAUAUGUAAUUAUAUUAUAUAAACCAUGUCUUUUUCAGGUUGCUUGUUACCUUUGUAGUUUACGCUUUACCGGUACAGUGGACCUGAGUAAAAAAAUGUGGGAUGUGGGGCAUUCUGAUGAUAUAUCACAGUAAUAGAGAAACCUUUGUAUAUUUCUGUAUACUUAAUACCUGUAAGAAGAGAUUUGUAUGUGCAUUAUUUUCCAAACUAGGGCUUUGUUUUCUGAGACUAGAGAACAUUUAUGAUAAUGUAACAAACAAACAAACAAAAAAAUCAAAUAAAGUGUUAUUAUUUUCC